GAGGCGCUUUCCGCUUUCCGGGAUCUGAGCCAUCCUGUAGGCGAGGCCACUGCGCUGCUGGCGGUGAGCCAUGCAGCUUUGGAUGCAGACAUACAAGGUGCACAGUCAGCUGCCAACCAGGCGCUGAAGCUCUUCCGCGAGCUUGGCCACCUGAAGGCUCUAAAGCGAGGGCUCUUGCAGGUUGAGCCAUUGAAGGACUUGAAGGUUUGA